GUUUUGAAUCCACAUUUCCUCACUAGUUCUUCAGUUCUAUUUGAAGGACACGAAUGGUUAUUGACGGCCUAAACCACCGUGAACGCUGUCCACUCUGGUUUUAUCAUAUGCUAAAAGGAGCAUGCUUAUCGAUUUGGCAAUUUAACGCGCGCUGUUUAGAAACAAUGCGUUGCAUUUAUCGCUUAAUUUAGACCACCCACGGAUACUCCAUGUUGUCGCUGAUGCCUGUGUGAGCAUGUCAGUUAAAACACCCUGUAAGCUCCCUUAUUAGCACUGCCACUUUUCCUUUCAAUUCUAGUCUGGGUGAUAUCUGAUCAGAAAGCUAAAGCCACCGGUGCAAGCCCUUUGGCAAUCCUGUCAAAUAUGACUGCAUUUGAAUCCGGGAGUGAGCCAGGUGGUGAAAAAGGGCGAGAGGCUUUACCUGCGUGGUCAGAGGCCGAGAAAACGUUGCACACCAACGAUGAGCUCGUAUUGCCACAGCAGCAGCAUCAUUCAUUUUCAUCAAAUACAGGGAGGGGAUCUGUGUUUCACGAAAAGCCAACUAUGAAGACUGGAGUAGUUGGAGAAUCUCAGCACGAAACCCAAAGCAGAUUAUGAGGCUUCUAUCCACUAUCCAGAUAACUGGUCAAUAUUCAUUCAAUGCUUAUUGGUUAUUGGCAAUCUACACUAUGCAACAAGUCCCGCAAUUACGUUCAGUUUUCGUUGUUACGGAUCAGACGCCACAUCGUCUGCGACCUGACCUUUCUUCCGAUCCAGAUGGAUUGUAAUCAACCUGAUCUACCCGAAACCCUGUGCCUGCGUGGGUGUGUGUGAUAGUUUUGUCUUUCUGAUUUACCGUACUUAACAUUCCAUUCUGGUAUUUAGUUUAAGCGUUGUUCUUGUCUGUAAAAUGGAGUCGCAACAGCAUGCUUCUUUUACCAUACCCAUCAAAAACCUGUACACAUUGGCCUAUUUUGCACCUCUUCACCGAACGAGCUUGCGGGAUUUACCUUUACUUGAUCAAUGGGAAGCGAGUGAUCUUUGGGUGGAAGUA